CUGGAACUCACAUGUCGAUGAGGCUGUGAUCGUUGGGUGGCGUGUUUUGCUUUCAUGUUCAAUCGUCCCGUCUUGUCCCUUCUCGCCGCACACACACAUGCUACAUCUCUACGUCUGCCCACGCCUCGCCAGCACCAGCUCCCCGCCCGCGACCUUGGCCCUUCGAUCGACCACCGGCUUCGCGGAUGUCUGCAUUGGAGACGAGAGCUGUGCACGGAACUGCUGCCGCUCGGCCCUCUGGCCCGUAUAAUGCGCAACUGAAGACCAUGUCCAGAUCAUCCAUGUCCAUCGAUGCGCUGCUGCGACCAGACUCCGCAGAAACACAACAAGUGCAAAAGUUCGGCGAACUGGGUCGAACCUACUACCGCCACGGCCAGCAUGUAUACAUGUUUCCCGCCGACGACAACGAGCUCGAGCGACUGGACAUUGUGCACCGGCUCAUAUACACGGUUGCUCUGAACAAGCAACUGCACAUUGCAUCCUUCACAGCUCCACCGAGGCGAAUUUUAGACAUCGGCUUCGGCGAUGGCUACUGGAUGCUCGAGAUGAGGGAUCGAUACCCGUCGACAGAAAUCAUCGGUCUCGACUUGGUCAAUGAUUCGCAGCCACCGCGAGACAGGAACUGCCAAUUCCAAGCUCCUGUUGAUUUCAAUGCGCCAACUUGGCCCAUCGAAGAUUCCUCAGUAGACCUGGUUCACAUGGCACAGCUGUGUGGCUCUGUACCCGAUUGGGUAGCGCUGUACCGAAGAGCAUAUCGCUCGCUUCGCCCGGGCACAGGCCAGGUCGAGCAUAUCGAGAUUGACUGGAAACCCCGAACUUCCGCUCGCGAGUUUCCUCCUCAGGGAUUUGAUCUACUCAGAUGGUGGGAAUACACAUUGCAUGCUUCCCAGAUGGCCGGCAAGUCGCUGGAGUAUCGCGACGAUACCGAGGACCUUCUCGAGCAGGCCGGCUUCGUCGACAUUUCUCACAAGAGGUUUCGGGUCCCCCUUUACGUUGCGGCAACGAAAGAUAAGCGGGAGACAGCCUUGGCCCAUGCUUAUCAAAUGGCCAUGGGCUAUCAGGGUUCGCAGUCUUUCACUGCUUUCAGCAUGUCACUCUUCACAAGAGUGUUUGGUUGGCCGGCACAGUCGGCAGCACAGACUUGCGCAGCUGCACUCGCUGUGAUACAAGGACACCCUUUACCCCUGUACAUCAAUUUGCACGUUUGGACUGCUCGAAGACCCCAAAGCUAAAAGGUCGUGCUUGGCUCGCAGUCUUCGAUUUAAUGAUGACUGCCGCCAUCAUUAUCGCGUCGCAGAUAUGAGAGUGCAUACGAGAGUGUGAGGACGUUUAUGAAGAAGCUUUUUUAACAGCAGAUGGUCUGCAUAGGGCGAGAUCUCGCCCACGUCCAACCAUCCAUCUGUCCAUCCAUCCUUCGUUCACCACGCCUGCAGGACCAUCUCCCACGUGCCCGGGCUACGGUAGCACGGAAAAGCCGGGGAUUAAGCUUCCAAACAGAUCGAGUCUGACGAUCUAUUUUGGACCGCUGCUAAUAUGAGCAAAGGCCCGUGACAAGAAGCGAUAUUGGCAACUCAUCAGCAACACCCGUCAUGACACCCGAUGAGCGUGCACAAAGUUCACACGUCUGCCCAAUGAUGGAAUUUUACAGCCACAACCGGAUCAGCAGAAUGCUCAAGCAGAGCUCUCCAUUCUUUGUUCUGCAACCGGGCACUCGCAGGGAGCGGCAAUCUAUCUUGGGUGGACGCAAGAUGCCAGCGUUGUUGUUGCAUUCUGCCUCUCGGGAUCACAACUGGAUCACGAGAGGGACACGGAUCUCUCCUUGGUGGAGCGAACAACAGCUUUGAUCAAGAAUCGAGGGAUGAAGUGGACUGUCCGGACAGGUGCAAACACUUUCGGCUCUCGUAUAUCCGGCUUUACAUGUAUGAUCUAUUAAGGCGCUGUUGGCCGCAGAGCCCGCGCGCCUGCGCAUUGUGCAAAGUCUGAGAGCGGGAAGGGAAUCUAUAAUGAAUAGGGAACAAGGAAAUAACAGAAACUCCAUUCAUCUCC